AUGGACUGUGUGAUGUCUUCCCAAAAUGCAUUUAUAGUCGAUAGAAUACUGCAGGCUGUUAGAACAUCUGCUAUGCUAAUCGACACCACAAACGAAGUAGCCUUCCAGCUAAUUGCAGCUGAUAAAACACUCAUACUGAACCUCACCCUGGAAAAGGCUUUUUUCACCAGCCUAAGCUUGAAGAACAGACUCGCACUGAUCCCAAGGCAAAAGUUCUAUAUCAAAAAGAUGAAGCUGUUGAGAAUAACUACCAACGAGUAUGUCAUGGUAUUUGAGUAUGUGUUUGACAAGUAUGUUUUAAGGAGAAGGGUGUUCUACAACCAAUCGCAGCCCUUUGCAAUUGACUUCAAGAUAGACCUUUCUGGAGAGAUUAACCCAAACGUCCUGCGGUUGGCCCUUAAAGAGAUUGGCGAGGAGAUUGUCACCCUAAGGGUUGCCAAGGAUGUUGGGGAAAUUCGCGGUGAAGAAACCAGAAUGAGAUUUGCAGUGGAGCUCCACGGAGAAUUUUCGGUGGAUGUUAUUGGUGGAAACCUGAGGAGCAUAUUCGAAGUUUCCGAUUUGUUUAUCCGGAUGGGGAUAAGCUAUGGGUCCUCCAACCUAUCGAUUAACUUCGUCUUUGUGGGGAGUGGAACCAAGGCCUCUUUCUUUGUAGCCAUCAAUCGUAGGGCCAACCCAUAA